CAUCACAGCUUGUUGUUGGUUCUCAUCAUGAGCUAUGUAUUGAAUGGAGUACUGGCGGAUAAUGAUGUCGUUUGCCCCGAGAUGGCCAUGUCUUGUCCUCAUACGCAUGUACCAGAUUCUGAUGAAGUCGUCAAAAUGGUUCCGAAGAGAUUACCCUCCGACCAUCAAUUGGCAGGUCGUCCGGAGUUGAAAGGAAUUGAUACAAAAUUGAUUUGCUCAAUACCAGACUGUUUGUCCAAUCCUUGUCUGCAAGGAGAGCCCUGUGUGGAAACAUAUGAUGGGUAUGAAUGUCAAGUAUGUCCACCAUGUACUACUGGAAAUGCAUGCAAAGAGGAGCUUCCAAAAGAUUGCUCUGACCAUUACGAUGCAGGUAAAAGGACGAGUGGUGUAUACUCGAUUUGCUUGGGUUCUGGCAUAGAAGAUGAAGAACGUGUUGAUGUUUAUUGUGACUUGGAUGGUGGUGAUGGAUGGCUGGUCAUUCAACGUCGGCAUGACGGAAGUGUUGAUUUCUAUAGAGAUUGGGCUUCCUACAAGAAUGGCUUUGGAGAUAGAGAGAACGAGUUCUGGCUGGGUAAUGAUAUCAUUCAUCGCAUCACUUACCAGGCAACAUACAGACUUCGAAUAGAGAUGGUGGAUUUGCAAGGCAAUCAUUGGAAAGCUAAAUAUGAUAAUUUUCGUGUUGGAAGUGAGAGUGAGCUGUAUCGCCUCGGUGCUCUCACUUUUUGGGAAGGAUCUGCAGGUGAUGCAUUGUCCUAUCAUGUCAACUCAGCAUUCUACACCUAUGAUCGUGAUACUGGAAAUAACUGCGCCAUGAUGUAUAAAGGAGGAUGGUGGUAUAAUGAUUGUCACCACGCCAACCUCAACGGUCUUUGGUCAUUUGCAAGUGGCACAGGGAUGGCUUGGAAUUCAAAAUAUAUGAAAGGCUCUAUCAUGGCAAUCAAACAACUGGACUCGGAGUGAUUAACCAUUGAUUGACAAAAAACCUUUAUUCAACAUCUAUGGAUAUUUAAUAUUAGUUGAUGUUCAGAUACUCUCUGAUGCUUUGAUUGUCUUAGUCCAAGCAGGUGGUGAAACGUCAAACAUAUCAAAGGGUAUUUCAGGAAGGGAUAUUUAAUUUUGUACUUGUAGACUUAUUUUUUACAGCAAAGAGGAUAUUAAUAUUACAUUCGAAUUUAGCUUUUUGGAGCUGCAAGAGGAAUUGUCUCAUCAAGUAUCAAGUAUCCUGUUAAUAUAUCUGGUCUUCUAUUAACCAACCGUACCGAUAUAAUCUUACCAUUUUCUUUUUAAAAAGAGUUGGUAACUGCAAACUCCUAGCUCAACUUGAUCCUUAUUGAAAAUAAUGAUGUUUAAGAAUUAAAGAUAAAGCCUAUGAUCAUUUGCGUUCAAAAUCAUAUAAUACACUUUUCUGAUGAACAUAAUUUUCUAUAUAGCUCUAUAUCUAAAUGUGAGCUUUAUGGCAAAGUAACCCAAAUCAUUUCUUUUAAGUCAUUUAAACCUUCCGCACAUAUUACUGUCUUGUUCAAAAUAUUAUGUUUAGUAUCCUCAGUUAUAAUGAUCUAAAAUUAGUUAGGUCUUUACUUCAGUAUCUGGUAGGAUGGUUUUGUUUAUUCCGCUGUCUAAGCUAUCGUGCGUCACGAAUUUAAGGAAUUAUUGAAUCUUGGACGAAAGGUGUAAAUUUAGAUGUUAACAAUGUUCAAGUAACAGAAAUCAACAAGUAAAUUGAAAUGUAACAAUAUCAGCUAGAAUUGUAUAUUGAUUUCCUUUUCACUUUUCGAAUAUAUUAUUAUUAUUCUUUCUUCAUUCUCUCUUUGACAGUUGUCCUGCUACUCAUGAACGCACUGUUCACAUGCCUAUAUAAUAUUAUAUACCUAUGUACAUAUACCUAUAUGGCUGUAGAAUAACUUUACCUUCAUAUCACUUUUUGAUGUUUGAAUAAAUCGUGAACUUGUUUGUUAAUGUUCAGUAAGUUACAUUAACCGGUUCCGCCUACAAUAUCCAAGCUCCCAUUCACUGACCAAUAAGAAGUUUGUUGGGGGAGGUGUGGUCACUGGCGUAAAUCCGUGUUGAUGGGUGGGGGG